AUGUCUCUUUCUCUGCUAGAUGCUCGUGUUCCCAAAGGCCUCCCGCCCUCAAAGAGGCUAAAGUCAGCGCUUUUCCUUGAUAGGGAAAAGACAUUGUUGGUGGUGUUGGCCAUGGCAGUGUUGGUUACAGCUCGACCAGACAUCCUGGACUUCGAGGGCGAGGAUCACCAGCACCAGCAGGAGGGAGACGCCGGGGAGCACGUGGAAGGAUCCUACAGCUGGACGUCCCCCGAAGGCGAGGAGUUCCACGUCAAGUACGUCGCCGACGAGGACGGCUACCGGGUGCUGGAGUCGAACGCCGUGCCCGUGAACCACGACGGGACGGCGGCGGACGGCAGCCAGGGGGCCUUCGGGGAGGAAGAAGGAGGAGAGCGAUAA